GUGUUCUGUUGGAAUAGACGUUGCACAUUUAUGGCGAUUCUGAGUGUUAGGGCAGACUUCUGCCAGGCCCAGCACAGCACCCUGGCUGACAAGUGAGCUGGGCGUGGGGGGGCUCUACAGUGCCAUAAUUACCUUGCCUUGAAGACUCCGGACGCAGCAGUCACCCUCAAAUAUAUGGGAUAUCUCCUGCAUAUUGGAAGCAUAUUCCUUUUACUGACUCUAGCAAAACUAAACAUCAAGAAGAAAAAGUGGAGAGAAGAUCUGCCCUUACUUUGUUUGCCUCACCAGUGCCUAAAUGUAGUACAGGCUGCCUAGUCUUGCAUGUAGUCGGAGUUUUUGGAGUCUGAAGGAUACCACCCGCAGUAAUUGAGGCCUAAGUUGAAUUCAAGUGGAUUCAAAAGCAAACCUGCUUUUCCUAAAGUGAAAUUUUUUAAGAGCAAAAAGUCAAAAGCAAGCUUUCAUCUUUUUUUAAUGUUUUCUGCUGUGAAACCUUUCAAAGGUUAUUGAUUUUUUUUUUUUAAUUUUUUUUUUUGUGUGCCCCUCACGGGGGGAAAAAAAAAAUUGUUUGCCAUUAUGAACCGUCCAGCUCCAGUGGAGAUCACCUAUGAGAAUAUGCGUUUUUUGAUCACUCACAACCCAACCAAUGCUACCCUCAACAAGUUCACAGAGGAGCUUAAGAAAUAUGGAGUGACAACCUUGGUGCGAGUUUGUGAUGCCACGUAUGAUCAAGCUCCCGUCGAAAAAGAAGGAAUCCAGGUUCUAGACUGGCCAUUUGAUGAUGGAGCGCCACCUCCAAAUCAGAUAGUUGAUGACUGGCUAAACCUAUUGAAAACCAAAUUUCGUGAAGAGCCUGGAUGCUGUGUUGCUGUGCACUGUGUUGCAGGGCUGGGAAGGGCCCCUGUCCUGGUUGCACUUGCUCUCAUUGAAUGUGGAAUGAAGUACGAGGAUGCAGUUCAAUUUAUAAGGCAGAAAAGGAGGGGAGCUUUCAAUUCCAAACAGCUGCUUUACCUUGAGAAAUACCGACCUAAGAUGCGAUUACGCUUCAAAGAUGCCAACGGUCACUGCUGUGUUCAGUAGAAAGAAACAUUAAACACAGGCUGAAGUUAUCAUGGCUGUUUUCUGGACUCUUGGCACCUGAAAAUGUGAAUCUGGAAUCAAACUGUCAUCAAAUUAGUGGUGGAGUCAGUGCUCCUCAGCCUCUGUUGUAAUGGUGGUGGUGAUUUAAAAAAAA